UAUUUAUUUAUCCAUACGGGAUGUUUGGAAUAUAGGCAACCUAAUUUACAAUAAAAAAUCAAAUCUAGAGAUAAGAGACACAUGGAAAGGUUACCGGUUAUCUGUAGAGAAGUAUUUCGUUGAAUCGUAACGUGGUGUGGAAACCGGGUGAGAAUUAAAAGUAAUUGAUCUAAUUCGUCUCCUUAAGUGACAUGUGUCAUUGAGAACCUACGAUCAUAAACAACGCGUCGUAAAUUUAAAUUGUUAAACUUGCUAAUCAACAGUAGAAAAUGUCGAAUUCAUUUUAUAAUGUUUUUGGAAUAUCCCUCCUCCUCACGUUGUCUCACCAGGUUCCACAAAUUUUCCACGAGAUAAGUACGUGUAAAGUAUCAGUUGAAACUCCCCAUGGAACUGAAGAGUAUGUGGUGCCUUCUUAUAUAAUUGCCCAGAACGGAGAUCUUCGAGUGAAUGUUACCCUGUGUAAUGAAAAUAUUUAUUUACCGGGUGAUCAAUUCACCUUUUCAACAGUGCACUUGUAUAAUAAAACCUCUAAACUGUCUUUAUAUGAUAGCAGUGCACCGAAGCCUUAUCAAGCAACACAUACUGUAGAUGGCAUUUUAAUCAAUUUACAAAACGAAAUCAAAUGUACUGAAGAUGAAAAUUACUCAUUUUUUAUCCAAAUGGGAAAAUUUAAUUCAAAGAUACCUCGUGUCAACCUGGAAGAUGAUUGUGUAAUUGGAAUAGAAAUGGCAAGCCCAGAUUAUCAUCCUCCUUGUAUGCAACAUGUCAGUGGUAAAUGGUUUAUAGACAUGUCUCCAUUGCGUCGUAAACCACCAAUCACCAUAAAUCAUGAGGGAAAAACUUUCAAAAUUUCUGUGUGUGGUCCAAUACAAGAGUGUAGUCAACAAGCAGGUUGCCAAAUGGAAGGAAAUGAACGUACAAUUUUUGGUACAUUAGAAAAUUUAAAAGUGAAAUUUGAUGAUUCAAGCAACAUGCUUACUGUAUUUUCAAAAACCAACAAGCCAAAAAAAACCAUGACCUUGACUGUCAAAUGCAACUGGAAUGUACCGAAAUUUUCUAGAGCCAAAUUGCCAAAUCCCAAAGUCUCAAAUGACAUCACAAAUUAUAAAUUCGAAGUGCAGUCAUCUUAUGGAUGUGUGAAAAUGCCAAAGAGUUGUGUAUUAACAGAGGAAAAUAAACAUCUGACUUUCGAUCUUAGGGGAUUGACACCGAGCAGUGGAUCAGCUGUAUCCAAUACUGCUAGGGAUAUAAGGCUGAGUAUUUGUGACGAUUUGAAGUUGACUGGGUCGGGAAAAAACAACUGUCAUUCGGAGAAAUCACAAGUCUGUGAAAUAAGGAACGGAUACAUAAAUAGAGGAAGUAUCCCACAUUUUCAAGUACACGAAAACGGGAUAGAAGCAUCCUUUCGGGAUGGCCACGAAUGCAACGAGAAUGAAACGUUUGCCACUACCAUCGAUUUUAGGUGUUCUUUCGUAGACACCGGACCUGUGUUCAGGUCGGAAGAAGGAUGUUUGACCAAAUUAUCGUGGGAAACUCCGAGGGCAUGUCCGAAGUUGGAGAUAAAGCAAAAAAGUUGUGUAUUAUCGUCUUUUUAUGGUAGGUUGAACUUGACCGAGCUAUACAGCAGCGAAGAUUACGUCACGCAAAUUUCUGCGAAUCAGAGGCUGGUUUACAACAUUUGCGGUAGACUCAAAACCAAUUGUUCGAAAUCUGACGGUGUGUCAGCCUGUUUGAUGGACGGUAAUCAAGAGAAAAUUGUUGGCUGGAACGAACCGACUUUAUCGUUCAUCAACGGUAAAAUCCAACUGAAAUACAGCGGAGAAAAAUGUGGCAGGCAGCUAAAACCGUAUACAUUUACCAUAAACCUUAUUUGUAGUUUUGGUACCAUCGAUUCUCGAGUAACCAAAGUCGACGAAUGCACUUUCGAAGCCUGGAUCUCGACCACGUCUGCCUGUUUGAAAUCGUGGGAGAUAAAAAGCUGCAUUUUCGAAGCCGAAAACUACAGAUACGACCUCAGUCCUUUGAUCCGAAGAGACGAGAGUUACCAAAUCAAGGACGGUAGAAAUAAUGACAUCACGUAUUACUUGAACUUGUGCGCUCCAGUUAUACCCAAGGAAAACUUGUUAUUCUUCCCGAACAAUAUGGUGUAUAUGAGUAACUCCUCAAUCCCUUCGAUUCUACACAAGUUCACUUCUUUGGGAGGCAUAUCGAAUCCAGAGGUUCGGGAUGGUAAAUUGGUCGUGGAAGCCAAGGGAGAUGCCUGUGGUGACGGAGAUAAAGUUCACACCAGUACGAUAUUUUUCGAGUGUUCGACUGAGGAAGGAUCACCGACAGUUCUCAAAACCGAGGAAUGCAAUGUCGAUUUCCUGUGGAGGACCAAGUUCGCCUGUCUGACCAUGAAAAAAGGAGGGACUUGUUCUUUUAUCGCAGGAAAUAGCAGCGUUCAGGUACCGGGGGACCCUAUGGAGGUGAAGAUCGACAACGAGAACACCUACCAGUUCAGUUUGUGCCUGGAUCAGUAUCGGUGGUGCAGGAGGGACGGAUCUUGCCUGACCGGGGGGUUAUCUCGAAAUGCUCGAAUCCAGAACGGUGUGGUUUACGUCCAGUACACCCUGGAUCAGUCUGUUGGUUCACCGCUAAGAACUGUCAGUGUGGCAGUCGAGUGCGACCCUUAUAAACGGCAGGAUUUCUCCAACGGAUACAGGAGGGGUGAUCAUUUUGACAUUAACGUGAAAACUAGGAUGUCCUGUCAGAACGGAAACAAGGCCACUAGGGAUGCCGAUAAACCUGAAUCCAAAACUGAGGCAGAUACGUUACAAGAAGAAAAUAAAAGUGAGCCAUUGAGUCCGGAACCCGAGGAACAGACCGUUCCAGAAGUGAAAAAAGUCGAUCAGAGUCACGAAGUGGACGUUGGGGAAAAACCAACACCAAAGAAGAACGAAUCGUUCAAUUCUACGUGGAAAAAAGUAGAAAUCGAAUACAAACCGUCUACCCCGGUUGAGAAUCUCGACAACCAAACAGUGGAGCUUACCAAAGUCCACGAGAAGACUGAAGUUGUACAGAGCGUUGCGAAUCCUUGUGACAUCCUGCGUGUGAAAGGAAGAACCAUAAAUUUGACAGAUCUGGAAUCGGAGGAAUUCAAGGUUGGCCAAGAUAUCUUCAUCGUUAACUUCGAUGGCAGCUCCUCGAAAUGCAGAGGUCGGAUAUGUAAGAACGGUGGAAAUUUGUUGGAUUUCAUCGAGAAAUGCCCCGAUGUUUCUUAUGAGGACCAGCGUGUCGUUCUGAAUUAUUUAACUGCUGGACAUUGCGUUUCUAAUGGUUCAGGUUCCUCAGAUGGAAGAGUUGUGGAAGUUUCGCUGGGAUGUAACAAGGAUAAAACUGUUGUAGAAGGAUCUGAAGCGAACUGUAAAGUAACGAUAAGUUAUAAUUCACCAAAGAUAUGUGUUUCUUCGAACUCGUCUAGUAGUUUCAUCACUAUUGUAGUUGUGAUCAUUUUGCUUGUUAGUUUUGUAAUAUGUUUGAUUAUUUUUAUCCUCAACAAGAAGAAUUAUUUCAAGAAAUGUUCCUAUGACAGGGUGAGCGAAGACUGUUUAGUCGUUCAUUCUAAAAUGCUUUAAUUCAAAGCAGAUUUCGUUUAGUUUACAAAACAAGGUGAGAAAAAUGUGAUACGAGGCUUUAGGCUUAUAAUAAGGAUCAAUAUUGUACCAAAAGGAAGAAGUGACUUGUUUUUAUAAACAAAAACAAACUGAAUAAAAGCAUUAAUUUAUUAAUAAAACCCUAAUAGUUAUGCUUUACCAUCAGUAUUAUUUUACAUCUCUUAGUUAAGUUUUUACAUUAAUGAAUAAUGUUAAUGAAUUUUUUCAUUUACCCAUUUAUUUCCUUCUUUUUCUACUUUAGUGUGUUUUUAAUUUUAUUUCUAAGAUUUUUCUUUGUUGAAUUUAUAAUUGAUUUCACUGAAUAAAAAUCCCUUUUUUUUCCACUUUUAUUACGCAAAAUA